AUGGCUCUCACUCCUUUUUCCCGUCUACUCGGACAAGACCUCGCUCGUGCAUUUUCAUUACUUGAAGAACCACUCUUGACCACGUCUCGUCGCUUUCCGGCAGCCUACCCUUCUUUAACACAAACUAUCCGUCCAUCAGUAGAUGUCUCAGAAACCGAGACUACUUAUAUUGUUGAGGCAGAAGUGCCUGGUAUGAAUAAAGAAGAUCUUCAAGUGGAAUUUUUGGACGAUGGCACGUUAAUACUCAAAGGCAAAAAUGAGCGAGUACGACAAGAAGGCGAUGCUGAUCAAACGAGUGGGAAUCAAAGUGAAGCAGUGGUAUCGAGUGAAGGGAAGACUCUAACCUAUUGGUCGAAUGAGAGACAGACCGGAAUCUUCCAGAGGUUGUUUCACUUCCCGGGAAGAAUUGAUCAUAAUAAUGUAAAAGCAAAAUAUAAAAACGGCAUCUUGUCGAUUUUAGUACCCAAGGCUAAGAGAGAGGGUGUUAAGAUUAAUAUUGAGGAAGAAAAUUGA